AUGGACGCCUUCAUCCGAGUCGCCAACCAAAGCCAGGGCCGGGACCGACUUUUCAGAGCCACUCAACACGCAUGCAUGUUGCUUAGAUAUUUGUUAGAGUCUAAGGCUGGCAGAGAGGCGGUGGUAAUGAAGCUCAAGAGUCUGGAGUCCAGUGUGAGCACUGGCCGUAAAUGGUUCAGACUAGGCAACGUGCUCCAUGCCAUCCAGGCAACUGAGCAGAGCAUCCAAGCCACUGACCUUGUGCCCCGCUUAUGCCUGACAUUAGCCAACCUGAACCGUGUGGUUUAUUACAUCUGUGACACUGUCCUCUGGGCGAAGAGUGUGGGUCUUACCUCUGGAAUCAACAGAGAGAAAUGGCAAAUUCGGGCAGCCCGCCACUACUGCUGUUUCCUCUUGCUGAGCCUGGUCCGGGAUCUGUAUGAAAUCUUGCUGCAGAUGGGACGAGUUGCACGUGACAGAGCAGAGAGAGAAAAAUCUUCCCGGGACCCUCCUAAGUACAGUGUGGUUAAUGAAGAAAGUGAAUGGCUCCAGUCCUUCCUCCUCCUCCUAUUUCAGUCUCUAAAACGACAUCCUCCCUUGCUCCUGGACACCGUGAAGAACUUCUGUGACAUCCUGAUCCCUUUGAACCAGCUUGGGAUCUACAAGUCCAAUCUCGGCGUGGUCGGACUUGGAGGCCUCGUGUCUUCUUUGGCUGGUCUCAUCACUGUAGUGUACCCUCAGCUGAAACUGAAGGUCCGCUAGGGAGUUUGGAGGCUUUAAGGCUAGCAGCUCAGUGGAACAAACACUAGUUUUUGUCACAAUGUCUACUGUACUUAAUUUUUUUUUUUUAAUCAUGUGAGCAUCUUACCAACCUGUGAUGUGAGCAGAGGUAGGACCGACAAUGGUGCAUGAAGACCGAUAACGUUUUUUGUAAAUGCUGCAGUAACGUCUGAACAUUUUCCCUUCAGCUAGCAUUACUGAGCAUCUUUUACGUACAUAGUAAGAGCUUUGCUGAACAAAUAAAGAUGGAAAGGAAAGAAAUCAUAAAAGACCCAAAGAAACUAGAAUUAAGAAUCGGAUUGUAUGGGUCCUUGAUUUCACACAAGCACAUCAGGGCUGGAGCGCAGCACUCCUAGCUCUGGUUAAGGUUUCCCUUUUCUCCCAUCUGUCAUUAUCCCCCAUCCCCACAGAUGUCAGUAGUGGGAUGGCAGGGAGCUGGGCUCAGAGCCUCUUAACCUGUUGGCCCUGGUCGUUGCUGCAGUUGUGUCCUGACCAUGUCCAGAAGUAGACUCGGAAAACCAUCACCACCUUUGUAGUGGAAGCUGUGUGCACAGGUGGAAGCCUCUCGUAGUGCGAGGAGUAAGCAAGAACAGCGAAAGGGACCGGAGGUGAAAGUAGGUGUGAGGUCACCACUGCCUAUUACAUAAGCCAUCGCCAAGAACAGCGAAAGGGACCGGAGGUGAAAGUAGGUGUGAGGUCACCGCUGCCUAUUACAUAAGCCAUCGCAGAUAAGGAAGUUGACAGUACAAAACAAAGCAGAUAGCGCAGGUUGAUUCUAAGUCUUUCCAAGAUGAUUCCUCUGAUCUCAUGACCUUCAGCAGCAUUUCCAGGCCCAGAGCCCUUUACCCCUUAACUUGGCCCCCACCCCCACCAGGCCUGGAAGUUCAAUUGAUGGUUUGCGUUCUAGUCUAUGAAACACAAAGCAAUGUAGGCAUACCCAGGUUGGUUUUAUUUCAAGCUAUAUAA